CUACGAGAACCCUCCCACUGCUGUCGACGGCAAUGGCAUCGAGAAGAGCUGGUAGCGUCCUUAGGACGCUUGACAGCGCCUCAAUAAGCUUCUACAGGCUUCCUCGUCUGCAAAGUCGAUACUCAAGAGCUGCGCAAAGCUCAGUAGUCCUCAGGUCUUCAUCCGGUCGCUCCCACUUCAGCUCUACCUCGUCCCCAAACCAUGGCCACAGCUCCGUCGACCCCACCGAAGUCUCCCACUUCAGCGCGCUCGCAUCCAGUUGGUGGGACCCGCAAGGCCCUUCGCGCCUCCUCCACCUCAUGAAUAACCUCCGACACCCCUUCAUCCAGAAAUGUCUCGCUUCGCAACCCACGCCGCCGCCCCAGCGCAAACUUAAAUACCUAGACGUCGGCUGCGGUGGUGGAAUCUUCGCGGAGAGCGCAGCGCGCCAGGAAAACGCCGCAAGCGUGCUCGGCAUAGAUCCGACGCCGCAAGUGCUGGAGGUUGCAGAGAGCCACAAGAAGACGGACCCGUUUCUGAUGCAGGAGGGGCGGUUGACGUACAAGAACAUUCCGAUUGAAAAGCUGCCGCUGCCCGAGAAGCCCGAGGACGGUUUCGACAUCGUUAGCUGCUUUGAGGUCAUCGAGCACGUCUCGAACCCGUCGGAGUUCCUGGACACGCUUUUGCCACAUGUCAGACCCGGUGGAUGGGUCGUCAUGUCGACGAUUGCGCGGACGUGGACGAGCUGGGCGACGACGAUCGUGGCGGCGGAGGAUGUUCUUAGGAUGGUUCCGAGGGGGACGCAUGAUUGGAACAAGUACAUCAACGAACAAGAGCUGAAAGAGUGGUUUAUGGGGAAGCCGGAUUGGGAGCUUCCGAGGGUUAUGGGCGUUAUGUACAUCCCUGGAUUUGGCUGGAAAGAGGUCAAGGGCAGCGAGCACUGGGGCAACUAUUUCUUCGCGGCGAGGAGAAAGGAGUUGUAAUGAAUCGCCCUAUGUAAAAAGAGCCCGACGACUCGAAGCGGAUUACUUUGCGAGCUAACCUAUGGAGAGGAGCCGGUUUUGGUGAGCUAUUGACGAUAGUAUAUUGUAACAAACAUAUUCACU